UUGAACACCUCUCCAAGAGCUGAGCAGCUGCUGGGCGCCACGGACCCAUUUUUUAUUAGUAAGAUGGCUUCCGCGUCGGUCUUGUCGGGCCAAGUACCUCCGCGGCUCCGCGGAUCCUACUGCCCGAUCUGGAAAUAGACAUAUCUUGUUACUGGGGAAGAAUGGCAUAUGAUAUAAAAAGCUCCGAAUUUGGUUGAAUUGGUAACUCGGCAUCACACGAGAAAGGUGACCUCUGAGCAGCAUCCAUACAGUACACCCACCUAAAAGUCCAAAAAAAGAAAGAAAGAAGAAGGCAACCAUGCCUACCACCACCGGCCUGAUCGUAUGCAGCACACGUUCGCCCCGGGCCGGGCUACAAAUUAGCACUUUCAUUCACGAGACCAUCAAGCAAGCACACCCACAAGCCAGCAUCACAGUUAUCGACCUUGCGGAGUGGAAUCUUCCACUUUACAAUGAGCCGGGGAUUCCAUCGUGUAUCACAUCAGCUGAGGGUUACGAGCAUGAGCAUACCAAGGCCUGGUCGCGGGAAAUCUCGCGCUACGAUGCGUUCAUCUUCGUCACGCCUCAGUACAACUGGGGAUACCCGGCAAGUAUUAAGAACGCCCUCGACUAUCUCUUCAGCGAGUGGAAGGGGAAACCGGCGAUGAUCGUCAGUUAUGGCGGUCAUGGGGGUGGGAAAGCCGCUGCGCAGUUGCAGCAGGUGCUGCAGGGGUUGAGGAUGAUCACACUGGACAAGACUGUUGGGUUGACGUUUCCUGAAAAGGAGCUCCUGACGCGCGCUGCCAAAGGAGAGGACCUGGGGCUGGAAGGAGAGAGAGGGGUUUGGACCGGAGAGCGAGAAACGAUCCAAGACUUGUUCGGAGAGUUGAUAGAAGUGGUAGGCAGAAAGUCGGGAUGAUUGUGUCAGAGGCUGUCUGCCUAGGUGGUGCGAUAUAACGACACGGCGUUUGUUGAUCUGUUUUUUCUUCUCUCUCUCUCUCCAUGUCGAAUUGCUUUUUUUGUCUUCCCCUCA